GCAGCUUCAGUACCAGGCACAGCUCUCCCUCAGCACGAACACACAGGAGGAGGAGGCUCCUACAUGCUUCCGACACCGUUUCUCCUGCUGCUGCUCCUCUCAUUCUCUCACGGAAAGCGUUUUCGAGGCCAUUGUUAAUCCAGCGGGAUAUUCUUAUUUUUUUUUAUUUAUUUACCAACAUCUAUAUUUUUUCCUGUAUUUCUUUUUUUAACGGAUUCCGAAGCCGAGGGGAAUAAAAAAAGGAGUGUCGGGUGCACCAAUGUUCUCGUUACACGAGGGUAGCGGGCUGCUUCUGCUCCUGCUCGCAGCAGGACUGCAGAUUGCAGCAGAGGCCAGGGGUGCCCCACCAUGCAGGCCGGGCUUCUCUGAAGAUCUCUACACGGUGGUGGUGCCAGAUAUCACAGAGGAAGGAUGGCCUCUCUUCAACGUGAAAUUUGUCAGCUGUGGCCGAGGUGGUCUGGUGCGGUUUGAAUGCAGCAAUCCAUCUGACUAUCGGAUAGAAAACGAUGGUGUAGUUUAUGCUGCAAGGACUCUUCAGCGCACUCAAGCCCCUGCAUCGCCCUUGCUGAUCAAGGCUGUGGACACAACCACUCAGCAGCAAUGGGUGACACAAGUCAAGAUGAUGCCUCCCACACAGGUCCAGGAACUCGCCGUCCCUUCAGGCAUGGCCAAAAGGUUAAAGGAAAUAGUGUUUCCAUCACAAAAUGCAGACGGCACGCUGAAACGCAGCAAACGAGAGUGGGCCAUCCCUCCAAUCAAUGUGCCUGAGAACUCCAGAGGCCCAUUCCCACAGGAGCUCGCCCGGAUUCAUUCAGAUUUUGAUAAAAACCGACCCCUGAGAUAUACUGUGACGGGUUCAGGGGCUGACCAGCCCCCUACUGGAAUCUUCACCAUUGACCCCAUUUCUGGAGUAUUAUUCGUCAACAAGGGUCUUGAUCGAGAGCACAUUUCCAGUUAUCAUUUGAGAGCUCAUGCUGUAGACCUGAAUGGCAACCAAGUGGAAAACCCCAUAGAUAUUGUGAUCAACGUUAUUGACAUGAAUGACAACCGACCUGAGUUCACUCACCAGAUCUGGAAUGGAAGUGUUCCAGAGGGUUCCAAACCAGGAACAUUUGUCAUGACUGUAACAUCUAUUGACAAAGACGACCCCAAAACGUCAAAUGGAAUGCUUCGAUACAUGAUCAUGUCCCAGAACCCAGAGAGCCCAUCCUCUAAUAUGUUUACGAUCAACAACAACAACGGAGAAAUCAUUACAGUGGCUGCAGGCCUGGACAGAGAGAAAGUGCCUCAGUACACUUUGAUCAUCAAAGUGACUGACAUGGAAGGAAACCCUAUGUACGGCCUAUCCAACACAGCCACUGCUGUCAUAAGCAUCACUGGCAUCAAUGGCAGUCCAUCAGAGUUUGCACCUGAGAUGGUCCAGGAACUCGCUGUCCCUUCAGGCAUGUCCAAAAAUUUAAAGGAAAUACUGUUUCCAUCGCAAAAUGCAGACAGCACACUGAAACGGAGAAAAAGAGACUGGGUCAUCCCUCCAAUCAAUGUGCCUGAGAACUCCAGAGGCCCAUUCCCACAGGAGCUUGUCCGGAUUCGUUCAGAUCAUGAUAAAAACCGAUCCCUGAGAUACAGUGUGACGGGUCCAGGUGCUGACCAGCCCCCGACUGGAAUCUUCACCAUCGACCCCAUUUCUGGAGAAUUAUCUGUCAACAAGCCUCUUGAUCGAGAGCACAUUAACAGUUUCCAUUUGAGAGCUCAUGCUGUAGACCUGAAUGGCAACCAAGUGGAAAACCCCAUAGAUAUUGUGAUCAACGUUAUUGACAUGAAUGACAACCGACCUGAGUUCACUCACCAGAUCUGGAAUGGAAGUGUUCCAGAGGGUUCCAAACCAGGAUCAUUUGUCAUGACUGUAACAUCUGUUGACAAAGACGACCCCAAAACAGCGAAUGGAAUGCUUCGAUACAUGAUCAUGUCCCAGAACCCAGAGAGCCCAUCCUCUAAUAUGUUUACGAUCAACAACAAAACUGGAGGCAUCAUUACAGUGGCUGCAGGCCUGGACAGAGAGAAAGUGCCUCAAUACACUUUGAUAAUCAAGGCGACUGACAUGGAAGGAAACCCUAUGUAUGGCUUGUCCAACACAGCCACGGCUGUCAUCUCAAUCACAGACAUAAAUGACAACCCACCGGAGUUUGUCCAAGACAAGUUUUCUGGGGAUGUGGAUGAGAAUGCCGUGAAUGUAAUAGUGGCCAACCUCAGCGUGACUGACAAGGACCAGCCCAAUACUCCUGCCUGGAAUGCAGUGUACAAAAUCACCGGGGGCGACCCCACCGGCAGGUUCUCUGUGCCCACCGAUCCAACUACUAAUGAGGGUCUGGUAACAGUUGUCAAGCCCAUUGACUAUGAAACCAACAGGUUGUAUUUGUUGACAGUGGAAGCAAAAAAUGAAGUUCCCCUGGCCAGAGGGAUUCACUCUCCCAGACAGUCCACUGCCACUGUCUCCAUCAGAGUAAGGGAUGUCAACGAGAGUCCUUUCUUUGACCCUAACCCUAAACUUAUCAAGCUUGAGGAGGGGUUGAUGCCCGAGUCCCCUUUGACUACUUUCACUGCACAGGAUCCCGACAGAUUCAUGCAGCAAACUAUCAGAUAUUCCAAGCUCUCAGAUCCGGCCAACUGGCUUAGGAUUGACCCAAACACAGGCCGGAUUACAACAAUUGCCAUUUUGGACCGCGAGUCGCCCGAAGUGAAGAACAGCAUAUACAAUGCAACAUUCCUGGCAACUGACAGCGACAAAACCCAUCCAGCAAGUGGCACAGGCACUCUACAGAUCUUCCUGUCGGAUAUCAAUGACAAUGCACCAAGAGUGUCCCCCCCUGAGGCAGAGAUAUGCGAAAAGCCGCAGCCAAACUCCAUCAACAUCACCGCCUACGAUGGGGACCUGAGCCACAAUGCAGGCCCCUUUGCAUUCGAGUUGGCCCACCGGCCUUCAGAGGUCAAGAGGAACUGGACCAUAACAAGAAUAAGCGGUGACUAUGCUCAGGUGAGCCUAAGGAUUGGCUUCCUUGAGAGUGGAAUCUAUGAGGUCCCCAUCAUAAUCACAGACUCGGGCAACUUACCCAUGUCCAAUACCUCCUACCUACGGGUUAAAGUGUGCCAGUGUGACAUGAAUGGAGACUGCACUGACCAGCAGCACAUCAUGGCCGCUGGUCUGGGCACAGGAGCCAUUAUUUCGAUCCUCCUCUGCAUCAUCAUCCUUCUCAUUCUAGUGCUGAUGUUUGUGGUGUGGAUGAAGCGGCGGGACAAAGAGCGUCAGGCUAAACAGCUUCUCAUCGACCCCGAAGAUGAUGUGAGGGACAAUAUUCUCAAGUAUGAUGAGGAAGGAGGCGGAGAAGAGGAUCAGGAUUAUGACCUGAGUCAGCUUCAGCAGCCAGACACAUUAGAGCCCGAUGCCAUCAAGCCACUUGCAAUCCGCCGUCUAGACGAGAGACCCCUCCACCCCGAGCCACAGUAUCCAAUAAGGUCAGCAGCACCCCAUCCUGGAGACAUCGGAGACUUCAUCAAUGAGGGCCUGAAGGCAGCCGACAACGACCCCACUGCUCCUCCCUACGACUCCCUGCUUGUGUUCGAUUACGAGGGCAGCGGUUCCACGGCCGGCUCCCUAAGCUCGCUCAAUUCCUCCAGCAGCGGGGGCGACCAGGACUACGAUUAUCUCAACGACUGGGGCCCUCGUUUCAGAAAACUGGCGGACAUGUACGGCGGAAGCGAUGACUAGGAUGCACAGGCACACCGCGACGGAUGAAAAGUUAAGAUUUUUAAGAAGAAAAAAAAAA